AUGGCUUAUGUAAAUUCUAGUGGUGAGGUUCGUGAUCGUGCUGAUUUUUCUAUUGUCAAGACAUUUUGGAAUUUCGUCUAUUUCGUGACAUUUUUCCCUGAUCCAGAUGCCCAAUCUCGUUAUCGAACAAAUCUACGAGGAGGUGGUGACGGCUGGGGAGGAGGCGGUGGGGGUGGUGGAGGAUGGAGACCUGAUGGUGGUGGACCCAGACGUCCAAUGGGUAGACUGAACAUGGACGGCCCAUCUUCUAUGCCAAGUUGUCCCAUGGGUGGAUGUUGCGGAUAA